AUGAGAUUACCUGAAAUAAUGUUGUGCCGCGACUGCCCCUCCGACUACGUUGGUGCCCUUGCGAUGGAGAUUGCCAAACUCAUGGAAGAAAGGGCCUACAGACGCCACAUGCUACCCUGUUUGUCACUAAGACAGAGAUCGCAUCUUUGGGCGUUGCGAUGUCAGGCGCUAUUCGGUGAUGCACCCAGUGACCUCGACGUACCGGCUUCCAAUGAGAAGGAAAAAGUCAAUGAAGCGACGCAAAAACAAUUGACCCCAAUGGAAUCGUCACUUGCGGGGCUACCGAAGCUUCCACAACGGCCGCUUCAUUGGUAUCAAUUCACGACGCGCUUUUAUUACUCUGCGUGGGUCGCACUAAGGGGGAAGAUGACGCCGCAGCUUGCUGCUGAGGCUUUAUGCGCCGAGUUUUUGUACCUGCUGAAGGUGCACAACAGCCCUGCCAUGCUCCCUCUCAUGGAGGCCGCCUCCAACACCGCCCGCGCAAAGGCAAUGUCAUUCAAUCUUGAUAAGAGGGAAAAGGGGAGUGCUGGCGGUGGCACAAUCAAUAAGACUGCAGGAUCGAGUGAAGGUUUUUACGUCCGUGGGUUGCAUGGAGACCCUGUGGUGAUUGCUUUUCUUUGGUUCUGCCGGGCUCAAUCUAUUCCGUGUGAGGUGGACUUUGAGCCACUGUCGUCUGAGUUGCCAAAAGGUGAGGAAGAUCUCUUCCUUGUGAAGUCUCUGUCCCAAAAUACGGUGGUGACUGAACCCUUGGCGGCAUUUGUCCUCUGUGUCGAUUUAUACCUGCCGCAAUGUGGGCAUUGGCUGGGGGAACUUCCUCCUUGUUCAUCAUCUUCCCUCCACACGACGCGGGCAUUAAGAAAAAGUGCGUGGAUAGAGUAUAUGCAUCACAUCUUGGUGGAUCUUCGAGCCCCAUUACUACGUUUUAUGAGAGAAGUGACCUGUCAAGUGAGAAAUUGUGGGAAAUCACAAGAAUCCCAGUUUUCGCUGCCGCGUUCAAGUGGAAAAGCGGAUGCUUCGUGCGGCGAUUCAUCUGAGGUUUUGCGGCGAAGAAUUCGAGAGAUGUCCGACGUUGCCAUGAAAUCACUCGCGCAUUAUGAACGUUUUGCUCACCAUUACUAUGCAACCAUUCCACAGGCCACAGUGUCCAUUGCGGAGUUGUGUGUCGCUGCGUACAGCUUUGUUAUUUGUACGACUUCUCUUUGCAAAGAUUUUUUUCCCCCACUGGAGGCAGUGCCAUCUGCUCUGGGAAAGAUUGGUGUGCACGCGGCAGUACCAUGGGGUCAUAGGGUUUCGCUUUAUAGAGACGGAGAAUCGAAAGAGCCGUUAUCGGAAUCUUUGCAAGAUACGACUGCGUUGCUUAGCGGGGUUCCAAAGGCCUAUCAGGAGAUUGCGACGCGUAUCUUGCGUAGUGCAACGUCUGCUCAUUCUCCUUCUGUGAAGGUUCGGAUUUGUGAAAAUGAUGGACGCAACAAAAUAAUUGAUAAAGGAACAAAAAAAUUAGCCUUUUUGAGUUCUGGGCUUCUUUGUCUGGAGUCAGCUUGGGACGGACUGGCGCCGGGUGCAAAUGAGGCAGCCAUGCUUGUUGUGGAUCGAUGGAUUUGGAUCACAUGCAGCCCGCAUCGGCGAACUCUUGCGGAGGUACUUUCGUACGCAUGGUUUACUGCCAAUGAACAGUGCAUCGGUUUUCCGUUUCUUGUACUAGACAAGGAGCAACGAGACUUUGUUACGACACUCAACGCCCACCCUACCUCACUUGCGCGCCAUGAAGCGCCAUGGAAGGAAGGAAAAGCCGCGGCAGUGGCAAGAACGUACCGGUUAAAACUGCGCACCGCACUUGGAGCAUCUCCACCAUCCUCCGAGCGCAGAACAUACCGGAACUAUGCAGCAAAGUUGUGA